UUUUUUUUUGGCGGUAGACUUUGCUAUGAACGUACUUUAUUGAUCCCCGUGGGGAAAUUGAUCCUCCGCAUUUGAACCAUCAUAUACACACACACUAGGAGAUGCACUAUGCUGUCUAUCUGGGUUUGCAAGAAGAGUCUGAAAAGAAGUCAAAUCUCAAGUAAUAAUGAUAUCCAUAGUAUCGCAACCUGAGCUGUUGAACGCCCCAGGAUCCACAUCCCCAUGCAUGUCAACACCUUCAUUGGGAAUCCCUCUCUCAGUAGUGACUGUAAAGGGUCUUUGAUGCAACUUAAACAUCAUCACAUUAACUCAAGUUACAUUGCAUGCUCUUUGCAAAAAUGGGGGACGACCGACCUUUUGUGUGCAAUGCUCCCGGCUGUGGACAGAGGUUUACAAACGAGGACCACUUGGCUGUACACAAACACAAACAUGAGAUGACACUGAAAUUUGGACCAGCCAGGACUGACUCCGUCAUUAUUGCAGACCAGACACCUACUCCCACCCGCUUCCUAAAGAACUGCGAGGAAGUUGGUCUGUUCAACGAGCUGGCCAGCUCCUUCGAACAAGACGAUGAUGACAAGAGAGCAAAGAACUCUCUCCCUGCUCCCAACUCUGUUGCUUUGGAUAUGAGCCUGCAGACACCAUCAGAUGUGAAGGUGAAAAAGGAGGCUCCAGUGGAGGUUGACUCCUCACCACCAAGCAGCCCUGACUCCUUCUCAGAAAAUUCAGACAGCACCAUAGAACCUCUGGUAAAAGCAAAGGACACACCACCCAGAAGUUCGGCCCCCACGCCGACUAUUGUGCGUCCAGGUUCCCUCCCACUACACUUGGGCUUCGAUGCCCUUCAGCCCACCAUGCCGUCACCCACCUCUGUCAUCACACAGGCUCCGCCUUCCAAUCGUACUCUGGGUUCACCAACCAGCCACUACCCCAUGAUGAUGCUUCCCUCUGGCCAGGCAGUGCCUGUGCUCCCUGGUCCUGUACAGAUGCCCUCUGUCAUUAAUCUGGCCCGACCCAUGUGCAUGGUACCCAACAUUCCUGGGAUCCCUGGUCCUCCUCUGGGAGGCAGCAGCAGCGGCUCUAACUCCCCUUCUGGCUACAGCAUCCAGUCGGAGGCCAAGAUGCGUCUGAAGGCUGCGCUGUCCCAGCAGAGCCCAGGACAGAGCAUGGGUAUAAUGGCCAUGGGCAGCAGCCCCAUGGUACCUCAGAGGGCAGAGCAGAGCCAGCUGCUUGUCCAACAUCCAGAUGCCCCGUCACCUGCACAACCUCAGGUAUCUCCAGCACAGCCUACAGGUGGGCGGCGGCGGCGGACAGCAGAUGAUGACCCAGAUGAGCGAAGGCAGCGUUUCCUCGAGAGGAAUCGGGCCGCAGCGUCCCGCUGCAGACAGAAACGCAAACUGUGGGUCAACUCCCUAGAGAAGAAGGCUGAGGAGCUGAGCACCAUGAACGUCUCGCUGUCGAAUGAAGUGUCUCUGUUGAGAAACGAGGUGGCUCAUUUGAAGCAGCUGCUGCUGGCCCAUAAGGACUGUCCCGUGACCACCCUACAGAAGAAGAAUGCCUACUUAGCUGCAGAAGAGAGCAUGAAAGACACCUCCGAACCUACAGGUUCCCCUGCCCCGGUGAUCCAGCACAGCUCUUUGGCGCACAGCCCCUCCACAGGGCAGAACGGCCUGAGCUCAAGGGCAGCAGCUGAGGCCAUGGCUAUGUCUGUGCUGGCAGGAAUGGGCCAGCAGCAGAGGGCUGAGAGUGGAACCUCUCACAUUAUCAUGGCUGCACAGUCUCAAUCUGCUGCCAGAUGAUGAGCGAUGCCACCACGGCUCAGACUUGGCUCACACUCGUCACCUAGGGGUAAAGAAGAGCAGAACCCGCCCCCUCCUUUCCUACCCUUCUCUACUUCCCCCAUCUCCAGACUGGGGAAGUGGAGGCAGGGUGGUGGGUAGGGGGAUUUCUAAUGUUCCCCUUCCCUCUUCCCUGUGCUCCUCUGCUCUCUCUCUGACCCCUCUGAUGGAGCCAUCACGCUGUGGCCUGGAGCUCAGCAGCAGCCUUCUGGGAAUGGACUGAGACUUUUGAGAGAGCUUCCUGUUCACUUUGCCAUAGACUACAGGGGCUGGACUCCAACCUCCCAACCCUCGCCCCCUCUCCCCCUGUGCCUCCCCACUCAUCUCUCCUCACCCUCAGUCAAAAUGACUUUUCACUGGACUGUAGGGCUGCAUCGCUCUGAGUGUACUGCCGUAACGAACUUCCCAUGUGAACACGUAACACACACGCACACACACACACACACACGCACAGUUUUCAAAGACGCAGGUGUUGCAUAAACAUUCUCGAUCAAAUCAGAUACCAAACAACACACAGGGCUUCACACUGUUUUCAGCAGGGAAUAGUGCCUUGUGCUCCUCCACUUUUUAUUCAUGCACACACCCACACGUGUCAUCACAGCAUACAUCCCUAUACAUUCUUGGCUCCAAAGAUGCAGUAGUUGUCUAGACUUCAGUGAUUCAGACGUUCACAUCUCAAAUAUUCACCCAAACCUUUUGUAAGUGAUUGCGCCUCAAGGUGAUCUCAACAUGGACCCAAAACCCCUUACCUCAUUUACACCCCUUUAAGAUAAAAUUUAUAAACUGUGUGUGAUUGGCUCUGUGUGUAUGUAUUUAUGUACAUCAGAACAUAGCAGUUUGCCUACUCCUAUCUGAUACGUUAAUAGCUAGAUUGUUAGCAUGUGACUUUUUCUAUUAGGGUGUUAUGUCCUUGAUACAGUAUGUGCAGCUAUAUUUUUUUAAUUAAUUGGCACAUCUUCCCAGAUAAAUACUCAGAACCAAAAUAUGUUAAAUUGUAAAAGACAGUAUAGUAUCUUAAAAUCUGUUUGUUUGAGCAAUAUUUUUUUCUGAUCUGAAGGGAAUUCAGCCUCUACCCUCUUUUUCAUGUUUCCUCUAAAAACAGGCAGUUUUGCUGUUUAUUGGUUUUUAAAUAAGUGGAUACCUUUUCCAUUUUAUAUGAAACUAUUCUAGUGACUGUGUUUCUCUGUGUGGGCCCUGGACUUACUGUAACUGUUAAUUUCACACUUCUCAGGAUGGUUGCACAUCCUUGCUGCUCGUUGGAAGUGCGAUGAAUCCCUUAUGCUCUUUACCAAACCUAAACUAAGCCAUAUUAACAACAACAAAAAAAACAAAA